AUGGUCGAUAUCCUGCAUGAAUCAGUACUUGAUAUGUACUCCAUGAAGGGAAAAGUGACCGUGGUCACCGGUGGCGCUCGUGGCAUCGGAUUGGGACUUGCUGAAGCCGUUGCUGAGUUGGGCAGUGACGUCGCAUUGCUUGAUCUUUCUGCUCGACCGUCUGAGGAUUUAAAAGCUCUCGAAAAAAAGACUGGUACAAUGUGGGUGUAUUAUGAGACGGACGUAACAGACCGGGAAAGCCUGAAAGGGGCCAUGAAUGCUGUAGUGCGCACAUUUGGGCGUAUCGACAACUGUAUCUGUGCUGCGGGCAUUGCGGCUGACAUGCCAUUUUUUGAACAUGGAUGGGAUCAAUGCCAGAAUAUUCUGAACGUGAACGUAACUAUGAUUCUCCUUCAGACAGCUGUACAAAGUCCCAAAGUUGACAAUACACAGGUCAUGGGAACGUUCUUUGCUGCGCAAAUAGCCGCCGAACUCAUACGCGUCCAUGGUGAAGGUGGCUCUAUCCUUUUCUUGUCCUCGCAAACAGCUCACAGCACGACACCCAGAGAGCACACAAGCAUGUACGGCGCCUCCAAAGCUGCAGUGAAGUCGCUUGCUAUGCAUCUGGGUGUUGAGCUUGCACCAUACAAGAUCCGAGUCAACAGUCUCUCCCCAGGAUAUAUCGAGACGGAGAUGGGCCGUGCGGCAGCCGAGGCAAAUCCAGCAAUGAAAGAUGUGUUUGAGAAAGCGCCACCAUUGGGAAGACGUGGGCAGGUGAGUGAUCUGAUUGGUCCUGCAAUAUGGCUACUGAGCGAUGCGGGCGCCUGGACCACAGCUACGGACGUUCUGAUAACUGGAGGAUUGCAUGGUGGUAGCAUGCAUCUCAAAGUAUGA